UUGUCCAGUUAUUUAGUAUUACAACAACUAGCGUGGAAGGAGGAAGUCGCGACUCUUCACCGCGCCAAGGGCUCGUAACUUGGCUCCAAAACAGUUUCGGGGACUUUUUUUGCGGGUGUUUAAGUUACCAAUUAGUGUUAUCAUCAAAAGUUGGGCGCCGAAUUCGUGCCUACGAUAGUUUUUAGCCCAAUAUGGAUCCGUACUACAAACGACGAACGGUGCACCGGAGUAUUUCGCUGCUACUUAGAGAUAUCGAUCAAAUGUCCCUCCAUGAAGUGGGAACAUCGAACGCGGCGUUGAAUUGCGACGACAACGGCACAUCCAGCACAGUCCGAAUGGAGGACAUAGAUCACACAAUUGACACCAGCCUGGCGUGUUACUCGCUUGCCGACGAGUAUGACGAGAAUCUGGGAUUCUCCGACUCGAUAACCAUCGUAUCGAUGGGUGCCGAGGGCCCAGUGCUGGUCCAGCGGAAGGAAAGCGACCACGAGAGUAUUAUACCGGACACGGAAAUACCCUAUCCGUAUGUGCACAACCCACCGAUCAAGUUCACAUCGAUGCACAGGAGUAUCUUCAUUCCCGGGCUGGAGAUCAACGUAGAGAUUAUAGAUUACGAGCGCAGCUUGACGGCACAUAUUUUAAAUCCUAAUUUAUAUACAAUAAAGUUCACCCAUGGCCAGUUUACUUGGACGAUCAAGAAGCGUUACAAUCAUUUUCGGAAUCUACACCAACAGCUGACCACGUUUCGAGCGUCCCUCAACAUUCCCUUUCCCACCAAAAGCCACAAAGAGCGACGGACAAGUUUCAGGAACAUGCACAAUGUGCAUCAGUGCACCGCUUCGCCGACGAUGCAGAUGAAGCUGGAAAAGCCGAACAAAAAGCGGAAGAAAAGUGCCUUACCGAGGUUUCCACUGAAGCCGGACUCCCUGGUGUCGUUCGAUGCCAUCCCCGAGAGGAAGCGACAGCUCGAGGAAUACCUGUACAAUUUGCUCAACAUCUCACUGUACCGGAACCACCAGGAUACGUUCAACUUCCUGGAGGUAUCGCACAUCUCGUUCAUCGCAGCCCUGGGCGAAAAAGCAAGAAGGCCUGGUGAAGAAACGAACUGGAUCACACGUGCCGUCAGGCAGGAUUCAACUGCUUGGCUCUAA